UGCCACCCACAGCCUCCAGAGCUCAUUGCAGCUGGGACAGCCCGGAGUGGGAUUAGUCAGCAGCUCGGCAAGCGCUGCCCAGGUCCUGGGGUGGUGGCAGCCAGCGGGAGCAGGAAAGGAAGCAUGUUCCCAGGCUGCCCACGCCUCUGGGUCCUGGUGGUCUUGGGCACCAGCUGGGUAGGCUGGGGGAGCCAAGGGACAGAAGCGGCACAGCUAAGGCAGUUCUACGUGGCUGCUCAGGGCAUCAGUUGGAGCUACCGACCUGAGCCCACAAACUCAAGUUUGAAUCUUUCUGCAACUUCCUUUAAGAAAAUUGUCUACAGAGAGUAUGAACCAUAUUUUAAGAAAGAAAAACCACAAUCUACCAUUUCAGGACUUCUUGGGCCUACUUUAUAUGCUGAAGUCGGAGACAUCAUAAAAGUUCACUUUAAAAAUAAGGCAGAUAAGCCCUUAAGCAUCCAUCCUCAAGGAAUUAGGUACAGUAAAUUAUCAGAAGGUGCUUCUUACCUUGACCACACAUUCCCUGUGGAGAAGAUGGACGACGCUGUGGCUCCAGGCCGAGAAUACACCUAUGAAUGGAGUAUCAGUGAGGACAGUGGACCCACCCAUGAUGACCCUCCAUGCCUCACACACAUCUAUUACUCCCAUGAAAAUCUGAUUGAGGACUUUAACUCUGGGCUGAUUGGGCCCCUGCUUAUCUGUAAAAAAGGGACCCUAACUGAGGAUGGGACACAGAAGAUGUUUGACAAGCAAAUUGUGCUACUAUUUGCUGUGUUUGAUGAAAGCAAGAGCUGGAGCCAGUCAUCAUCCCUAAUGUACACAGUCAAUGGAUAUGUGAAUGCGACAAUGCCAGAUAUAACAGUUUGUGCCCAUGACCACAUCAGCUGGCAUCUGCUGGGAAUGAGCUCGGGGCCAGAAUUGUUCUCUAUUCAUUUCAAUGGCCAGGUCCUGGAGCAGAACCAUCAUAAGGUCUCAGCCGUCACCCUUGUCAGUGCUACAUCCACUACUGCAAAUAUGACUGUGGGCCCAGAGGGAAAGUGGAUCAUAUCUUCUCUCACCCCAAAACAUUUGCAAGCUGGGAUGCAGGCUUACAUUGACAUUAAAAACUGCCCAAAGAAAACCAGGAAUCCUAAGAAAAUAACUCGUGAGCAGAGGCGGCACAUGAAGAGGUGGGAAUACUUCAUUGCUGCAGAGGAAGUCAUUUGGGACUAUGCACCUGUAAUACCAGCGAAUAUGGACAAAAAAUACAGGUCUCAGCAUUUGGAUAAUUUCUCAAACCAAAUUGGAAAACAUUAUAAGAAAGUCAUGUACACACAGUACGAAGAUGAGUCCUUCACCAAACAUACAGUGAAUCCCAAUAUGAAAGAAGAUGGGAUUUUGGGUCCUAUUAUCAGAGCCCAGGUCAGAGACACACUCAAAAUCGUGUUCAAAAAUAUGGCCAGCCGCCCCUAUAGCAUUUACCCUCAUGGAGUGACCUUCUCGCCUUAUGAAGAUGAAGUCAACUCUUCUUUCACCUCAGGCAGGAACAACACCAUGAUCAGAGCAGUUCAACCAGGGGAAACCUAUACUUAUAAGUGGAACAUCUUAGAGUUUGAUGAACCCACAGAAAACGAUGCCCAGUGCUUAACAAGACCAUACUACAGUGACGUGGACAUCAUGAGAGACAUCGCCUCUGGGCUAAUAGGACUACUUCUAAUCUGUAAGAGCAGAUCCCUGGACAGGCGAGGAAUACAGAGGGCAGCAGACAUCGAACAGCAGGCUGUGUUUGCUGUGUUUGAUGAGAACAAAAGCUGGUACCUUGAGGACAACAUCAACAAGUUUUGUGAAAAUCCUGAUGAGGUGAAACGUGAUGACCCCAAGUUUUAUGAAUCAAACAUCAUGAGCACUAUCAAUGGCUAUGUGCCCGAGAGCAUACCUACUCUCGGAUUCUGCUUUGAUGACACUGUCCAGUGGCACUUCUGUAGUGUGGGGACCCAGAAUGAAAUUUUGACCAUCCACUUCACUGGGCACUCAUUCAUCUAUGGAAAGAGGCAUGAGGACACUUUGACCCUCUUCCCCAUGCGUGGAGAAUCUGUGACAGUCACAAUGGAUAAUGUUGGAACUUGGAUGUUAACUUCCAUGAAUUCUAGUCCAAGAAGCAAAAAGCUGAGGCUGAAAUUCAGGGAUGUUAAAUGUAUCCCAGAUGAUGAUGAAGACUCAUAUGAGAUUUUUGAACCUCCAGAAUCUACAGUCAUGGCUACACGGAAAAUGCAUGAUCGUUUAGAACCUGAAGAUGAAGAGAGUGAUGCUGACUAUGAUUACCAGAACAGACUGGCUGCAGCAUUAGGAAUUAGGUCAUUCCGAAACUCAUCAUUGAAUCAGGAAGAAGAAGAGUUCAAUCUUACUGCCCUAGCUCUGGAGAAUGGCACUGAAUUCAUUUCUUCGAACACAGAUAUAAUUGUUGUUUCAAAUUAUUCUUCCCCAAGUAAUAUUAGUAAGCUCACUGUCAAUAACCUUGAAGAAACUCAGAAAACCCCUUCUCACCAGCAAGCCACCACAGCUGGUUCCCCACUGAGACACCUAAUUGGCAAGAACUCAGUUCUCAAUUCUUCCACAGCAGAGCAUUCCAGCCCAUAUUCUGAAGACCCUAUAGAGGAUCCUCUACAGCCAGAUGUCACAGGGAUACGUCUACUUUCACUUGGUGCUGGAGAAUUCAAAAGUCAAGAACAUGCUAAGCAUAAGGGACCCAAGGUAGAAAGAGACCAAGCAGCAAAGCACAGGUUCUCCUGGAUGAAAUUACUAGCACAUAAAGUUGGGAGACACCUAAGCCAAGACACUCGUUCUCCUUCUGGAAUGAGGCCCUGGGAGGACCUUCCUAGUGAUCUGUUACUCUUAAAACAAAAUAACCCAUCUAAGAUUUUGGUUGGGAGAUGGCAUUUGGCUUCUGAGAAAGGUAGCUAUGAAAUAAUCCAAGAUACUGAUGAACACACAGCUGUUAACAAUUGGCUGAUCAGCCCCCAGAAUGCCUCACGUGCUUGGGGAGAGAGCACCCCUCUUGCCAACAAGCCUGGGAAGCAGAGUGGCCACCCAAAGUUUCCUACAGUUAGACACAAAUCUCUACAAGUAAGACAGGAUGGAGGAAAGAGUAGACUGAAGAAGAGCCAGUUUCUCAUUAAGACACGAAAAAAGAAAAAAGAGAAGCACACACACCAUGCUCCUUUAUCUCCGAGGACCUUUCACCCUCUAAGAAGUGAAGCCUACAACACAUUUUCAGAAAGAAGACUUAAACAUUCGUUGUUCCUUCAUAAAUCCAAUGAAACAUCUCUUCCCACAGACCUCAAUCAGACAUUGCCCUCUAUGGAUUUUGACUGGAUAGCCUCACUUCCUGACCAUAAUCAGAAUUCCUCAAAUGACACUGGUCAGACAAGCUCUCCUCCAGGUCUUUAUCAGACAGUGCCCCCAGAGGAACACUAUCAAACAUUCCCCAUUCAAGACCCUGAUCAAAUGCACUCUACUUCAGACCCCAGUCACAGAUCCUCUUCUCCAGAGCUCAGUGAGAUGCUUGAGUAUGACCGAAGUCACAGGUCCUUCCCCACUGAUAUAAGUCAAAUGUCCCCUUCCUCAGAACAUGAAGUCUGGCAGACAAUCACCUCUCCAGACCUCAGCCAGGUGACCCUCUCUCCAGAACUCAGUCAGACAAACCUUUCCCCAGCCUUCGGUCAGAUGCCCAUUUCUCCAGACCGCAGCCAUACAACCCUUUCUCCAGACCUCAGCCAUACAACCCUUUCUCCAGACCUCAGCCAUACAACCCUUUCUUUAGACCUCAGCCAGACAAACCUCUCUCCAGAACUCAGUCAGACAAACCUUUCCCCAGCCCUCAGUCAGAUGCCCCUUUCUCCAGACCUCAGCCAUACAACCCUUUCUCUAGACCUCAGCCAGACAAACCUCUCUCCAGAACUCAGCCAUACGACUCUGUCUCCAGAACUCAGUCAGACAAACCUUUCCCCAGCCCUCGGCCAAUUGCCCAUUUCUCCAGACCUCAGCCAUACAACCCUUUCUCUAGACUUCAGCCAGACAAACCUCUCUCCAGAACUCAGUCAAACAAACCUUUCCCCAGCCCUCGGUCAGAUGCCCCUUUCUCCAGAUCCCAGCCAUACAACCCUUUCUCUAGACCUCAGCCAGCCAAACCUCUCUCCAGAACUCAGUCAGACAAACCUUUCCCCAGACCUCAGUGAGAUGCCCAUCUUUGCAGAUCUCAGUCAAAUUCCCCUUACCCCAGACCUCGACCAGAUGACACUUUCUCCAGACCUUGGUGAGACAGACCUUUCCUCAGACUUUGGUCAGAUGUCCCUUUCCCCAGACCUCAGCCAGGUGACUCUCUUUCCAGACAUCAGUGACACCACCCUUCCUCCUGAUCUCAGCCAGAUAUCACCUCCUCCAGACCUUGAUCAUAUAUUCUACCCUUCUGAAUCUAGUCAGUCAUUGCUUCUUCCAGAAUUUAAUGAGACUUUUCCUUAUCCAGACCUUGGUCAGAUGCCAUCUCCUUCAUCUCCUACUCUCAAUGAUACUUUUCUAUCAAAGGAAUUUAAUCCACUGGUUAUAGUGGGCCUCAGUAAAGAUGGUACAGAUUACAUUGAGAUUAUUCCAAAGGAAGAGGUCCAGAGCAGUGAAGAUGACUAUGCUGAAAUUGAUUAUGUGCCCUAUGAUGACCCCUACAAAACUGAUGUUAGGACAAACAUCAACUCCUCCAGAAAUCCUGACAACAUUGCAGCAUGGUACCUCCGCAGCAACAAUGGAAACAGAAGAAAUUAUUACAUUGCUGCUGAAGAAAUAUCCUGGGAUUAUUCAGAAUUUGUACAAAGGGAAAGAGAUAUUGAAGACUCUGAUGAUAUUCCAGAAGACACCAUAUAUAAGAAAGUAGUUUUUCGAAAGUACCUCGACAGCACUUUUACCAAACGUGAUCCUCAAGGGGAGUAUGAAGAGCAUCUCGGAAUUCUUGGUCCUAUUAUCAGAGCUGAAGUGGAUGAUGUUAUCCAAGUUCGUUUUAAAAAUUUAGCAUCCAGACCAUAUUCUCUACAUGCCCAUGGACUUUCCUAUGAAAAAUCAUCAGAGGGAAAGACUUAUGAAGAUGACUCUCCUGAAUGGUUUAAGGAAGAUAAUGCUGUUCAGCCAAAUAGCAGUUAUACCUACGUAUGGCAUGCCACUGAGCGAUCAGGGCCAGAAAGUCCUGGCUCUGCCUGUCGGGCUUGGGCCUACUACUCAGCUGUGAACCCAGAAAAAGAUAUUCACUCAGGCUUGAUAGGUCCCCUCCUAAUCUGCCAAAAAGGAAUACUACAUAAGGACAGCAACAUGCCUGUGGACAUGAGAGAAUUUGUCUUACUAUUUAUGACCUUUGAUGAAAAGAAGAGCUGGUACUAUGAAAAGAAGUCCCGAAGUUCUUGGAGACUCACAUCCUCAGAAAUGAAAAAAUCCCAUGAGUUUCACGCUAUUAAUGGGAUGAUCUACAGCUUGCCUGGCCUGAGAAUGUAUGAGCAAGAAUGGGUGAGGUUACACCUGCUGAACAUAGGCGACUCCCAAGACAUUCACGUGGUUCACUUUCACGGCCAGACCUUGCUGGAAAAUGGCAAUAAACAGCACCAGUUAGGGGUCUGGCCCCUUCUGCCUGGUUCAUUUAAAACUCUUGAAAUGAAGGCAUCAAAACCUGGCUGGUGGCUCCUAAACACAGAGGUUGGAGAAAACCAGAGAGCAGGGAUGCAAACGCCAUUUCUUAUCAUGGACAGAGACUGUAGGAUGCCAAUGGGACUAAGCACUGGUAUCAUAUCUGAUUCACAGAUCAAGGCUUCAGAGUUUCUGGGUUACUGGGAGCCCAGAUUAGCAAGAUUAAACAAUGGUGGAUCUUAUAAUGCUUGGAGUGUAGAAAAACUUGCAGCAGAAUUUGCCUCUAAACCUUGGAUCCAGGUGGACAUGCAAAAGGAAGUCAUAAUCACAGGGAUCCAGACCCAAGGUGCCAAACACUACCUGAAGUCCUGCUAUACCACAGAGUUCUAUGUAGCUUACAGUUCCAACCAGAUCAACUGGCAGAUCUUCAAAGGGAACAGCACAAGGAAUGUGAUGUAUUUUAAUGGCAAUUCAGAUGCCUCUACAAUAAAAGAGAAUCAGUUUGACCCACCUAUUGUGGCUAGAUAUAUUAGGAUCUCUCCAACUCAAGCCUAUAACAGACCUACCCUUCGAUUGGAGCUGCAAGGUUGUGAGGUAAAUGGAUGUUCCACACCCCUGGGUAUCGAAAAUGGAAAGAUAGAAAACAAGCAAAUCACAGCUUCUUCGUUUAAAAAAUCUUGGUGGGGAGAUUACUGGGAACCCUUCCGUGCCCGUCUGAAUGCCCAGGGACGUGUGAAUGCCUGGCAAGCCAAGGCAAACAACAAUAAGCAGUGGCUAGAAAUUGAUCUACUCAAGAUCAAGAAGAUAACAGCAAUCAUAACACAGGGCUGCAAGUCUCUGUCCUCUGAAAUGUAUGUAAAGAGCUAUACCAUCCACUACAGUGACCAGGGAGUGGAAUGGAAACCAUACAGGCUGAAAUCCUCCAUGGUGGACAAGAUUUUUGAAGGAAAUACUAAUACCAAAGGACAUGUGAAGAACUUUUUCAACCCCCCAAUCAUUUCCAGGUUUAUCCGUGUCAUUCCUAAAACAUGGAAUCAAAGUAUUGCACUUCGCCUGGAACUCUUUGGCUGUGAUAUUUACUAGAAUUGAAUAUUCAAAAACCCCUGGAAGAGACUCUUUAAGACCUUAAACCAUUUAGAAUGGGCAAUGUAUUUUAUGCUGUGUUAAAUGUUAACAGUUUUCCACUAUUUCUCUUUUUUUUUCUAUUAGUGAAUAAAAUUUUAUACAAGAA